UUCAAUUGACAGUUUAUCAAUUGCCUUGUUCUCUGUUCAGUUUGGCAAGAACAAGCGUUGUGGCUAAUGAAUAUUUCAACUCAGGCCGUAAGCUGCCAAGACAUUGAAUUCAGACGUGAAUCAUGAUUUCGGAUGAUACCAAAGAUAUUUUCUAGAAAAUUUAAGAAUUUGAGGAAGAAGAUCCUGGACUUCUUGCACUCCCAAGCAAUCUACUCUCUUGGAACGGAGAGUCUCGACGGCCUUCAGUCUGCCAGUUGAGAACAACGAGAAAUUGCAAGCGAGCCGCAGGAUGAGCAUGCGACGGCAGCUGACGUGGCAGGCGCGGCAAGGGUCGACGCGCCUGCGCCAAAGCGGCCGUCAGGCGGCGGUGACCUGCUGGGCGGACCUCCUCACACCCCGUCUCGUUCCCAUCAAGGUCGCCUUCUUCCUUAUUAUGGGCGCGACGCAAUGCCUAGGUCCAUACUCGACGCUGUUCGCGCGGGCACUGGGCCUGACGCUCAAGGAGACCGCCAUCGUCUUCUCGGUGGCCCCCAUCGUCCCCCUCCUCGCCCCAACCCUCGCGGGGGUCAUAGCUGACAAAAUAGGCAACUUCAAGGUGGUGUUAGUGGUGAGUGUGAUGGUGAGCGGGCUGCUGCCGCUACUAUACAUGGCCAUCCCACCCGCCCGCCUCCCCACCCCUGAUGUGCCCACCCUCCCCCUCACCCUCACCUGCCAGGAGGGGGACUUCCACCUCAGCCUCCCCACCGGAAGAGCGUCAUGCGCGUCGUUCGUGACGAACGGCAGCGUAGCGCGGCUGUCGGCCGCAGACUGCGGCUACGCCUGCUCGCCGGCGGUGGUGCGCUACCCGCAGAGCCUCGAGGCGCAGUUCAGCCACAUCAGCGCCUCGGCGGCCCCUGACGGCGUCUCGCCGCUCGGCGAGGAGCUUUCCUGCGUCACGGGACGUCACUUCGACGACCCGCAGAAAUGCUACAUCGUCAGGCACAACGAGAGCGCAAUGCCCCUCGACCAAGCCAGCCUCUCGAGCUUCGUGCUAUACGAGGCGAGUGUUAACUUCAUGACUCUGGACGGCGGUGGUACAGUUAACCUAGACGGCCGCUAUCAGAUGACGCCCGACGAACAACACAUCUUCGACUGCAGCAACGGUUUGCUGGCAAAAUCCCUGAACGUCUCAACAAUAACAUUGGCAGGGACGAAGGCUGCAGUUAGUCCGGACCAAUCGUACGUGACGUGCAAUUUCGAGUGUGACGUCACGCUGCCCAUGGAUGAAGUUUGCGCAAGUGUCCCCCCUCCCGAAGAUGAGAGCGACCCCGUGUUGACCAUGUGGCUCUUCACCGGGCUGAAGGUGUCAUCGGGUUUCACUAUAGGCCUCACCUACACCUUGUUUGAGGUGGCGACAGUGGCCGUGCUGCAGCAUCACGGUCACGACUACGGCCUGCAGAGGCUGCACGGCUCCCUGGGCGGCAUGAUCUGCGCCCCCCUCGCAGGGGUGCUUAUAGACCUAUUUGGGGACGGCAGCGCCCCAUAUCACUACUACGCAACGUUCGGGGCAUACACGGUGCUGAAGCUGCUGUGCGCCGCGGUUUUGUGCGCGGUAGACCUGCGCUUCAAGCCGCCGUCCCGCAGCCUCCUGCACAACGUCGUCAGGCUGCUGCUCACCCCACACGUCGCCCUGCUCACCAUCGCCGUCUUUGUGUCAGGAGUUUGCUACGGGUUCAUCGAGCACUUCCAGCCGUGGCUGCUGCGGGACCUCAACGCCACGAAUUGGUUCAUCGGCAUGACCACAACCGUGGCCUCCGUGGCCGCGCUGCCAUUUCUGGCCAUCUCGGGCGCCGUGUGCGCCAAAUUUGGCCAUGUUCAGGCCAUCGCGUUUGGCCUCGUGUGCUAUUCUGUUCGCUGCAUCGGAUACUCCCUGCUGACCGACCCCUACUGGUGCCUGCCCCUGGAGGUGGCUGAGGGCGCCACGACGGGGCUGCUCAUCGCGGCGAGUGUGUUGUACGCCGCCCACCUCGCGCCGCCCACCGCCCAGGCCACCCUGCAGGGCGUGCUGGCGACCGUGCACUACGGAUUGGGCAAGAGCGCCGGCAGUUUCGCGGGCGGUUACCUCAUGAGUGAGCUGGGCACCGCCAUGGCCUUCCAGAUCUUUGCAGGCGGAGCCCUCGCGGUCGCCCUCGCCUACUACCUCGUCUUCAAACUCUGUCUGCUCCCUCAGCAGCAAACCCUCGACUCCCUGCGCAGGGAGAUCAACAACAUGCCCAUACGCACCGUGUCUAUAAGGGAGCACCAGCGCAACUCCCAGCGAUACGACGAGGUCCCAGAACUCGGUCCCGAAACUCAGGCCCUCAGGGACGGGGACGAUGGAGGGGAAAUUUCGGUGCGUGAAGCAUCGCCAAAGAAAUCCGGGGAACAAGAAGCUUAUCGUUACAGUAGCUACCUUCCUUCGGGGGUUGAUGAGACGCCUUUUCCCACUUGGAGUGAUGAUGAAGAGCCUCAUCCCCCAAACCUGUACCCCAGUGUUGCCACCCUGAGGUCCUCAAGCACUCCCCAAAAACAUGCCCCGCCGCCCCCCGACGUCGUGGACAUCACCGCCGUAACCGAACUCCUGCCCGACUCCCGGCCAACUUAAAUUUUUGAAGUUUAUUUCACAUGAACUUCUGUAAAGUAAUUAAACUACGAGUAUAAUUAUCGUAUUACGUGCUAUUAUCUUUGCCUAUUGAACGAUGCAAAUAACGCAAUUUUUUAUAACAGUAACACUGAUACAGUUAUUAUUUUAUUGCUGUUUUUUAUUACAAAUACAGAUGUUGAUGAGUAGUGAAACGCAUCUCUAUCAGCGCUUAAAUUGUAUGAUAUCUAUCUAUUGUAAAUAAUUAUUCAUAAAUUCCUGUACUAUCAAAUACAAAAAAUUUUAAAGCGCGAAAAAAGAGAACUACAAAAAUUUGUCAUCAUUCAUCAACUUGAUUAUUUUCCCAGCUUUUGUACUCUACUCAAAACUUUGAGAUGAUUGAAUGAUCAUUAUUAUGUGUGAUUCAUGACAUUAAUGCUAUUAAAAUUAUUUAUACUUUGUUAGAUAUUAUUUUAGUUACGCUACUGACGAUGAAAAAGCUUAUUAAUUUAACGGAGCGAACAAGAUCAAUAAUUAUUAUGUUAUGCAGCGCACUGUACGCGGCCGAGCUACUGAUCCACCUAAUGUUUUGUUCGACCGAACAUCGCAGAUGAAAGCACACCUCCAAGAAUUGUGAAGAAACUCUUAAGUUUUAUUAUAUUAAGAAAUGAUAGCAUGACAUAGGCCAAUAGCACUGCAACAACUAUACUGGCUAUUAACAGUGCUGGGAAUACCAGUGCAAAACAUCGGCCAAUAGAUCUGUAGGAAUUAUCAGCCAAUAUUGGUGCAAAACAUCGGCCAAUAGAUCUGUAGGAAUUAUCAGCCAAUAUCAGUGCAAAA